GCUAACAAGCGACCACUUCCCGAAUCGGACGAAAAACCCUAGAACUUCUGUCACCGAAACCAGACGAUCGAAGGUCCGAUUACGACCAAUAAUGGCGGUAACAGUCGUCUCGAUCGAGAAUCUGAAAGCUUUCUGGCACUCUCAGGUCCACGACGAAGAGAAAUGGGCCCUCAACAUGAAACUUCUCCGGGCUACUGGACUGUUUGCAGGAUCCAUCUUUCUGAUGCGUAGCUAUGGUGAUCUCAUGGCGGUCUGAGUGAUAUAAGGAAAGAUUCCUUCUUAGGCUACUUUUCUCAGUAUUUGCAUUACUGUAAUGGGCAUUUUGUUACAACUGAUAUGAAAUGAAAGUUGGCACCAUAAAGAUGCGAUCCAUGUGAUCACAUUUCUGCAGUGUCUCCUUUCAUGAAGUUUUGUGUCUGCAUUUAUAACGUUCUUCACUAAAUAAGUCCAAAAUCGGAGUUUUUGUUUGA